AUGAUCCCAAACGGUCUGUUUGCAGUAAACAAGCCAAGUGGCCCACUUUCGGUCACCAUUUUAGAUAAAAUUAAAAGGAUUUAUCGUCUGCAACGGAAAGAAUUCGCACUAUCACACAGAAAUAAAUUAAAAUUAGGUCAUGGUGGAACUUUAGACCCUCUAGCAAGUGGAGUACUAGUAAUUGGAGUGAACGACGGGUGUAAAAGACUGCACGAAUAUAUUAAAUGCAACAAGAUAUAUGAAGCAGUUGGGAUGCUUGGAUUCGCCACUGAUACUUAUGAUUCUGAAGGGAAAAUUAUAGCAACUGGGCCUACAGAACAUAUCACCAAAGAAGACAUUUCUCAAUUAACUUCUAAAUUCAUAGGAGAUAUUAUGCAAAUUCCCCCAAUGUAUUCUGCUCUGAGAAUAGAUGGUCGGCGUCUUUACGAUUAUGCACGUAAAGGAUUAAUUCUUCCAAGAAAGAUACAAGCUAGAUCCAUUAGAAUCGAUUCUUUGUCUUUAUUAGGUUUUACAACAAAUCAUGAUUUUCGGAUUCCAAAAACUGAUGCUGCAAUUACGGAGAAUAAAUAUGUUGAACAAGCAUCUUAUCCAAUUUUUAAAAUUCGCGUCGAUUGUGGAAGCGGAACUUAUAUUAGGUCAUUAAUUCACGAUAUAGGAAAAGAACUUGGAAGUGCCGCUCAUGUAGUUCAAUUAAAAAGACUUCAACAGGGCAAUUUCAUGUUAGAGAAAAAUACUCUCGAAUGGAAUGAAAGUUUGACCUUAACUAAUAUCUUUGAAGCCAUUAAAUCCGAAGUUUGA